AGUUUCCUGCAGGACCUGGAUGACUUCCAGGCGUGGCUCUUCGGCGCUCAGAAAGCCGUGGCGGCCGUCGAUGAGGUGCCGGCGUCGCUGUCGGAGGCAGAGGAGAUGCUGCAGCGGCACGAAGCGGCCCGGCGCGACGCCGAGGAGCAUGCGGGAGCCUUCGCUGCCUUGGCGGAGGCGGGGGAGCGGGUGCUGGGGGGACAGACGGACCCCGAAUACGAGGGGCUGCGGCAGCGCCUGGGCGGCGUGAAGGACGGCUGGGCUGCCCUGGGUAAGAUGGCAGAGGCUCGGAAGCGCUUCCUCACCCAGUGCCGCAACUUCCAGGAGUUCCUUCGCGACACCAAGCAGGCGGAGAUCCUCCUCACCAAGCAGGAGUACACGCUGUCCCACUUGGAGCUGCCCUCCACGCUGGAGGGCUCGGCUGCUGCCCUGCACCGCUUCCAGAACUUCCGUGCUGGUGUGGAGAGCAAUGCCAAGAAGGUCCCGGAGGUGGUGGUUGGUGGCACCAAGCUGGUGGCUGAGGAGAACAUCUUUGCCGAGAAGAUCUCCGAGAAGUGCCGAACUCUCCAGGAGCGGCAUGGAGCCGUCAUGGACAAGGUGGAGGAGGCAGCGGGUUUGAUGCAAGACAACCACGACCUACAGACCUUCCUGCAGAGCUGCCGUGAGUUUGAUGCCUGGGUGGAUGAGAAGAUGCUGAUGGCUCAGGAUGUCUCCUAUGGAGAAGCCCGUGGUCUCCACAGCAAGUGGCAGAAGCACCAGGCAUUCAUGGCUGAGCUUGCACCCAACCAGAGCUGGCUGGAGAAGAUUGAAGCGGAGGGGACGGAGCUGGCCACGCGCAAGCCGCAGUACGGCGCGGUGGUGACGCAGCGGCUGGAGGAGCUGCGCCGGCGCUGGGCCGAGCUGAGCAGCGCUGCCGAGGACAAGGGCCGGCAACUGUUUGAGGCUGAGCGCUCGGCUCUGUACGCCCGGAGCUAUGGGGAGCUGGAGAGCUGGCUGGGGCGGGCGCAGGAGGAGCUGCGCCAUGCCGAGAAGGUCAAGGACCUCACCGCCACCAACCUGCUGCUGAAGAGGUUGACGAGACUGGAAGAGCAAGUGAAAACAUGGAUGAAGGAGCUGGAGGAACUGGGGCGGCAGGGCACCCCUGGUGCUGGGGAUGUGCCAGAUACCACCAGGCAGGAGCAGAUGCUCCGGCAGCGAGUCCUUGAGCUGCUGGAGCCACUGGAGAGGAAGAGGAAGGAGCUGGAGACUGCUAAGGCCAUGUACCAGCUGGGGCGGGAUCUGGAGGAUGAGACGCUAUGGGUGCAGGAGCGGCUUUCCCUGGCGAGGUCAACGGAUCAUGGCACCGACCUCCCAAGCGUGCAGCGCCUGACCAAGAGGAAUGAGACACUGCAGAAGGAGCUGGCGGGCCAUGCCCCCCGCCUGGGUGAGGUGCUGAACCGGGGAGAGGCAGCGGGGAGCGGUGAGGAGCCAGGCCCGGAGCUGGCGGCUCAGGCACAGGAGCUGCGGGCGCUGUGGGAGACGCUGCAGGAGGAGGCGGCCGCCCGGCACCAGCGCCUGCGGGAGGCCGAAGAGGCCCAGCAGUACUACAUGGAUGCUGAUGAGGCCGAGGCCUGGGUCAGCGAGCAGGAGCUCUUCAUGGGACCUGAGGAGAAACCAAAGGAUGAGGAGAGCUGCUUGAUGAUGCUGAAGAGACAUGUCCGGCAGCUGCGCUCCAUCGAGGACUACGGACAAACCAUCAAGGAGCUGGCAGGGAGGGCACAGCAGCUGCUCUCUGCCGGCCACCCCGAGGGGGAGCAGAUCAUCCGGCUGCAGGGCCAGGUGGACAAGCACUACGCGGGGCUGAAGGAGGCGGCCGAGGAGCGCCGCCGGCGCCUGGAGAACAUGUCCCACCUCUUCCAGCUGAAGCGGGAGGUGGAAGAGCUGGAGCAGUGGAUUGCCGAGCGCGAUGUGGUUGCUUCCUCCCCGGAGAUGGGGCAAGACCUGGACCAUGUCAUGCUCCUGCGGGAGAAAUUCCGUGAGUUUGCGCGGGAGACAGGGAGUGUGGGGCAGGAGCGCGUGGACCGGGUGAACCUGACCAUUGAGGACCUCAUUGACGCGGGGCACAUCGAGGCGGCCACCAUAGCUGAGUGGAAGGACGGGCUGAACGAGAGUUGGGCUGACCUCCUGGAGCUGAUCGACACCCGCAUGCAGCUCCUUGCCGCCUCCCAUGACCUCCACAAAUACUUCUACGACGGUGCCGAGCUGCUGGCCCUCAUCGCCACCCGGCGCCAGGAGCUGCCCCAGGAUCUGGGUGAAGAUGCCGGCACAGUGGAGGCUUUCCACCGCAUGCACAGCGCCUUUGAGAGGGACCUCCAGCUGCUGGAGGCACAGGUGCAGCAGUUUCGGGAGACGGCAGCACGCCUGCAGACCGCCUAUGCCGGGGAGAAGGCGGCUGGAAUCCAGGAGCAGGAGCAGGAGGUGUCCCGAGCACUGCAGGAACUGCUGGAAGCGUGCAGCGGGCGCCGGGCACGGCUGACGGACACAGCUGACAAGCACCGCUUCUUCAGCAUGGCACGGGAUCUGCUCUCCUGGAUGGAGAGCACUGUCCGGCAGAUUGAGACACAGGAGAAACCCAGGGAUGUCUCCUCGGUGGAGCUGCUGAUGAAAUACCACCAGGGAAUUAAGGCUGAGGUGGAUGCUCGGGGCAAGAACUUCACCAACUGCAUCGAGCUGGGCAAGAAGCUGCUGCAGCGCAAGCACCAGGACUCACCAGAGAUCAAGGUGAAGCUGGUGGAGCUGGUGGACAAGAGGAAAGCCAUGAUGGAGACGUGGGAGCAGCGCUGGGAGCGGCUGCGGCUGCUGCUGGAGGUGUGCCAGUUCUCCCGCGACGCCUCGGUGGCCGAGUCAUGGCUCAUGGCUCAGGAGCCCUACCUGGCCAGCAGUGACUAUGGGCAGACGGUGGAUGCGGUGGAGAAGCUGCUGAAGCGGCACGAAGCUUUUGAGAAGUCCUCCGCCACUUGGGAGGAGCGCAUUGCUGCCCUCAGGAAGCUGACAACGCUGGAGCUCCUGGGUGGGCGGUCUCUGCGUGAGGGGCUGGUGCGGGACGGAACAAUGCGCUCCGAAGCUCCUGACUACUGCCUGGAUCUGGAUGGGGAGCUAGAGGCCGGGUCCGAGGAGGAGGAGGAAGAGGAGGAGAAGAAGGAUGUGAGCACACAGGACACUUCGCUGCCCACUACGGAUGGACCAGAGCCGCUGGCACCGAGGACAGGUGACGAGGAGCCGGUGUCACCGACCCCACGGCCACCGCGGGAGGAGCCGGAGGAGCCAGCCACGCUGCCCGCCCGUGUCAGCAGUGUCCAACUGGAGGGCUACCUCGGCCGCAAGCACGACCUGGAGGCGGCCACCAAGCGCGCAUCCAACCGGUCGUGGAGCACGCGGUACUGCGUCCUGCGAGGCGGCCAGCUCGCCUUCUUCAAGGAUGCCAAGAGCCGCGCGCUGGGGCUGCCGUGCCAGGGUGAGGAGCCCCUGGGGCUGUGGGACGCCCGCUGCGAGGUGCCCGCGGGCUACAAGAAGAAGAAACACGUCUUCAAGCUCAGGUGAGGGCACGGCACCGUGCGGGGUGGCACUGUGGG